AUGUUUGGAGGAACACAAAAGGCUGUAGUAGAACGUCAUGAGGUGAUAAAUGAAAUAAGAGCUCGUCGUACAACCACCGCAUUCCUAUUGCAUUCCCUUGGAACCAUAUUCUUUCCUGAUAACUCGGGGAAUCGAGUUAAUGCUCACUAUCUACAAUGGCUAAAAAAUUUCAAGGAGACCAAAAAGCAUGCUUGGGGCACUGCCACCCUCGCUUUUUUACUUGAUAGUUUUCGAAAAGCUUCGAGGGUUGGAUCCACUGAACUUGCUUGGAAUGUUGGUCUUUUUCAGGCAUGGGUAUAUGACCACUUUCCGACCAUGAGACCUUCUACAUCUUGGUCAGACAAUGAGAUUGGUCGUCCUACAGGAAAGAAGUUUGUAUUCACUGGUACCCAAGUAAAGCACAAAGAAGAGAAGAUAGAUGAUUUAAGGUUGAAAACGGAUGCUCUCACUAUUGAAGAUGUGAUAUUUGAUACUUACAUAGAUCUAAAGGAAGAUAAGUUUGGAUAA